UGGCGGAGGCUGGCGCACGCGCGAUACGCGCUCGCACAUGUUGGGUAGGACUCGCGGUUCGCUUUAGGCCGUGGCAGAAAUGGAGACGGAGAGCGCCGCUGCGGUUGACGGUUUCACCCCGCUGACGCGCAGAGGGGGCCGGCGGGCGAAGAAGCGACCGGCGGAGCAGCCAGACGCUGCGGGGCAGGACGCAGACACCGGCCGCAUGGACGUGGAGGCAGCCAGGCCGGCGAAGAGGCCGGCCUUCCCUCCGCUCUCGGGGGACAGGCUGCUGAGUGGGACAGAAGAAACAAGGAAAAUUCCAGUCCCAGCUAAUAGAUACACGCCGCUAAAAGAAAACUGGAUGAAGAUAUUUACUCCUAUUGUAGAACACUUGGGACUUCAGAUACGCUUUAACUUGAAAUCAAGGAAUGUGGAAAUCAAGACUUGUAAAGACACUAAGGAUGUCAGUGCUCUGACAAAAGCAGCUGAUUUUGUAAAGGCAUUUGUUCUUGGAUUUCAGGUGGAGGAUGCACUUGCCCUUAUCAGGCUGGAUGACCUCUUCCUAGAGUCUUUUGAAAUUACAGAUGUUAAGCCCCUAAAGGGAGAUCACCUGUCAAGAGCAAUAGGAAGAAUCGCUGGCAAAGGAGGAAAAACCAAGUUUACUAUAGAGAAUGUGACACGGACACGGAUUGUUUUGGCAGAUGUGAAAGUUCACAUUCUUGGCUCAUUUCAGAACAUCAAGAUGGCAAGAACUGCCAUUUGCAACCUCAUCUUAGGAAAUCCUCCAUCAAAGGUUUAUGGCAACAUUCGAGCUGUGGCUAGCAGAUCAACAGAUCGGUUUUGAUUUUCGUCUUUGGACUUUAAAGAAAAAGACCUUCCACUUUGCAGAUGUUCACAUAAAACCACAUGAAGAAUUUUUCAGCGACUUUAUGCUCAGGUCUCUUCCUUGGUUUUCAGCCAGAAGCAUAAACAGAAAGGAAAGGUUUAACAGCAAUUAUACUUUAAAUACUGUCUCCCUAUAUGAAAACGAUGCUUAUUUUUGCAUUAUUUUAUAUGGAAGGAACUCACUUCAUUAAACAUAUUACUUAGAUA